AUGUUGCGUAUUUUCUCUUUACCUCUAAAGCCUUGUGCAUAUGUUCAACGCACUUUUGCCACUAUACUGAAUAACAAAAUUAUUUUCACUCCAUCCUGCAUCAAGAAACUCAAAGAAAUUGGUGAAGAAAAUGGUUUACUUCGGGUUAUUGUGGAUAGUGGUGGUUGCUCUGGCUUUCAGUAUAAAUACGAAGUAGACACGGCAAUUAAUAGUGAUGACCUUAUUAUUGAAAGUUCCGGUGUCCGUGUUGUCGUCGAUUCCCAGUCUAUGCAAUUUAUUGAGGGCUCAAAACUCGACUAUGAGGAAGAAUUGAUCCGAUCCGGUUUUCGUAUUCAAAACAAUCCGAAAUCUGAGAAGGGCUGUUCAUGCGGCUCUUCAUAUUUCAAGGUUAUUUUUAUGCAGAUGUCUGAAGUGACAAAAGAGUUUGUCAUAGUUGAUGAUAUAACUUCGGUCAUGAAAUCUGGACCUGAAGAUGCAUCAGAUGAUAUUCCGGAUGAGUUAUUAUUAAGCACUGAUGUUAUAAUGGAAGAUUGUGAUCAACAUGCAGUUAAUUGGUCAUCUGUUGGGCGCACUCCUUUUGCCUCAAUUGAGAAGGAAUACUCACACGAUGCUCGUAACAUAUUCAUUAAUAACAACUAUCUCCGUGGGUGCAAGUGGUCUCCAGAUGGUUCUUGCCUUUUAACUCAAAGUUUUGAUAACACUUUUCGUCUUUUCGAAUUUGAUCAAGCGGAUUUUGAAAAUGACCUCCUUACCUCAGAACCUACACCCAAGUUGAGAAUCGAGGAGAAUUUUCCCGUUCUUGAUUACUGUUGGUAUCCGUUUAUGAACUCGAAUAAUGAUCUAACCUGUGUUUUCAUUAGCGCUAGGGAACGAUCCUCAAUUCGAAUGUGGGAUUCCAUGACAGGGGCUUUGCGUUGCACCUAUUUACCCACAAAUUUGAAUAAUGAAGUGGAGGAUGUUAAGAGUAUUGCCUUCUCUUCCGAUGGUUCUUGUAUAUUUUGUGGAUUUAAACGGUUUAUCAAGGUGAUAAACACUGAGCAUCCGACCAUUAUGCGACGAAUACCUAAUUGUGGUCAAAAGCCAAAAAUGAAAGGCAUUAUCUCAGCUAUUUCAACACCACCCUACAAUGAGAGCAGUGGCAGUGGGUUAUAUGCUCUGGGCACCUUCCAUGGAACUGUUAACAUAUAUUCCAUGACAGGCGAAAGCGAACCUAUCAUUGAGUGUGCAAAUACGGGAUCUCGGGGUGUCUCGCAGUUGAAGUUUCUCUCUGAUCGGUUCCUUAUUGCUGGUGGUCGAGUCGAUGGAAUGAUUCGAAUGUGGGAUUUAGCGGGAACCUCCAAAGAGCCCUGUUUAACCCUCCACAGGCGCGUUGAAAACUAUCAACGCUUUCAUUUCGACGUUGACUCUACAGGCACCUAUCUCUUCACGGGUAAUCAGACAGGUGCGGUAUUUUGUUACAACCUCUCAACCGGGGAGCUGGAAUCUGCAUGGCGUGGCCAUGAUGACAGUUGCAAUGGAAUAUCCAUCCAUCCCUCCAAACCGAUCCUCGCUACUGCUGCGGGUCAAAGAAGACCCAUAGGAAUGCCAGAGGAUUCAGAAGAGGUAGAUGAAGAUGAAAUGCCACGGAAUUUGACUGAUGAAGAAGCUGUGAUGAUUUGCAAGAAUCCUGAAAAUAUGACCUCCAAUCUGCCUCAAACACCUCUGCGUUUGUACUUUUACCUAAUGCGGAAAGUGCGUCAGUUGCCUGUGGAGACUCGACCUUAUUACACCAAUUACAUACGUCAGAAUUUUCGACAGCAUGCCGAUGAGGACGAUCCGGAGAACAUAAAAAUCAUGAUCGCAACUGCUGUCUCCGACAUGGACUGGUUGUUGGCAAAGUACUCAAAACGGAGGAAUCAGUAG